AGACUCCGUGGCUCGACCUUCCCUGCUGUUCUGAAACUCCUGUGCAGCCUCAGCCCAACACCAUGACUUCCUCCUGCGUCAGCUUACCCUGCUCUCUGGGCUGCACCAAGCCUCUGGGAGCAAGAAGCCUCCCCGUCCCUGUGGUUGAGGUUGAGUGCCCGACCAGACCAGAGUGUCUCUUGGCCAACCUGGCCCACGCCAACCGAGUGCGUGUGGGCUCCACCCCUCUGGGCCGACCCAGCCUCUGUCUGCCCCCCACCUGCCAUGCGGCUUGUCCCUUGCCGGGGACCUGCCACAUUCCCGGCAACAUCGGAAUCUGUGGGGCCUACGGAGAAGGCAGCCUGAAUGGGCAUGAGAAGGAGACCAUGCAGUUCCUGAACGACCGCCUGGCCAACUACCUGGAGAAGGUGCGUCAGCUGGAGCGGGACAACGCGGACCUGGAGGCCAAGCUCCGCGAGUGGACCAGAUGCCACGAGUCGAGCGUGUGCCCGGACUACCAGUCGUAUUUCCGCACCAUCGAGGAGCUCCAGCAGAAGAUCCUGUGCAGCAAGGCUGAGAACACCAGGCUGAUUGUACAAAUCGACAAUGCCAAGCUGGCUGCCGAUGACUUCAGGAUCAAGUACGAGAGCGAGCGCGCCCUGCGCCAGCUGGUGGAGGCCGACAUGUGUGGGCUGCAGAAGCUCCUGGACGACGCGACCCUGGCCAAGGCCGACCUGGAGGCCCAGCAGGAGUCCCUGAAGGAGGAGCAGCUCGCCCUCAAGAGCAACCACGAGCAGGAAGUGAAGAUUCUGAGGAGUCAGCUGGGAGACAAGAUCCGGAUCGAGCUGGACACUGAGCCCACCGUGGACUUCGCCAGGGUGCUGGGGGAGAUGCGGUGCCAAUACGAGGCCAUGGUGGAGACCAACCGGCAGGACGUGGAGCAGUGGUUCCAAGCCCAGUCUGAAGGCAUCAGCCUGCAGGCCAUGUCCUGCUCCGAAGAGCUGCAGUGCUGCCAGUCUGAGAUCCUGGAGCUGAGAUGCACGGUGAACGCCCUGGAGGUGGAGCGCCAAGCCCAGCACACCCUGAAGGACUGCCUGCAGAACUCCCUGUGCGAGGCCGAGGACCGCUAUGGCACGGAGCUGGCCCAGAUGCAGAGCCUCAUCAGCAAUGUGGAGGAGCAGCUGUCCGAGAUCCGGGCCGACCUGGAGCGGCAGAACCAGGAGUACCAGGUGCUGCUGGACGUCAAGGCCCGGCUGGAGGACGAGAUCAACACGUACCGGAAACUUCUGGAGUGCGAGGACUGCAAGCUCCCCUGCAAUCCGUGUGCCACCCCACCCUCCUGUGUGGCUCCAUCUUGUGCUCCUCGUCCGAGCUGUGCCCCUCGUACCGUCUGUGGGUCUGCGUCAGUCUGUGGAGCCGGCACCGGGAGCCGAUUCUGA